AAGAAAGAAAGAAAAGAAAAGAAAAGCAAUAAAGAAAGGGAAAAAAAGAAGAAGAGAGAAAACAAAGACAAAAGGUUCUCAAAACUCCAUGAUUAUUCAAAUUCUCUAAAAAAACAGUACCAAGCAGUAGUAGUGUUCCCUCUACUUAAUCAACCCACAGGAGAGGACCUCUACAAAGACCCUGUUUAGGCUUGGGUUGGAACAACAUCAAAAAAGAGAAAGCAGACUUUCUUUUCUCUUUUGUAGAUCGAGAUCGUAGAAAUUAAGAAAGGCAUGAAUAGAGGUGUUUUGCAAAGCUCACCGGUGCAACAAAUGAUGGCCAGAAACCCUAACAACUGGUGGAACAUCAACACCAUGCGCCCUCCUCCUCCUUCUCAAGCUUCUGCACCUUUCUUCUCCACUCCUUCCAACUUUCUAACUCCUUAUAACCCCACUUCUCUUCCUCUUCCUUCUUGGCAUGACAACAAUCAAGAGCUACCCGAGUCAUGGAGCCAGCUACUCAUGAGUGGGAUGGUGUCUGAAGAAGAGAAAGGGGGUAUGUGCCAGAUUCAGUCAAAGAAGUUGGAGAACUGGGAGCAACAAAUGCUAAGCCAGGCUCCAAGUGCUCCUAUUGUUGAUGUUAAGCAAGAAAGCUCGGUGAACAGCUAUGUGUAUGGGCAUGGAACAAACGAAGAGUUUCAAGCAGCAAAGCCAAUUACAUGGUCUCAAAUAGUGCCUGCUUCUUCCCCCAAAUCAUGUGUAACAAGUUUCAGCAGCAGCAUGUUGGAUUUCUCCAACAAUAACGCCGAUGCGAGGCCUCCUCCACCAGAUCCAUCCUCAGAGUGUAAUAGCAGUACUGCAACUGGUGGGGCAUUCAAGAAAGCUAGGGUUCAACCGCCCACAACUCAGUCGACCUUCAAGGUUAGGAAGGAGAAAUUAGGUGACAGAAUUACCGCCCUUCAUCAACUCGUUUCCCCAUUCGGAAAGACUGACACGGCUUCUGUCUUAUUAGAAGCUAUUGGGUAUAUCAGAUUCCUUCAGAGUCAAAUUGAGGUCAUUAAUGUUUAUUCUCCUCGCUCUGUCGAUUUUUGCAAACGACCACGAGAGUCAGUGAAUAGUGAUGGCACGCUAGAUGCCCUUAGCUUACCAUACUUGGGCAGUGGAUCAGGAAACAUGAGGCACCAACAAUCCGUUCAAGGAGAGAAGAAUUGUAUAUUCCCUGAAGACCCCGGUCAGUUGCUGAAUGAAAACUGUUUGAAGAGGAAAGCAGCUAGUAGUGAGCAGGAUUCUCAAGAAGAAGCAAAUAAAGACCUGAGGAGUAGAGGGUUGUGCCUGGUUCCAGUGUCAUGUACGCUCCAAGUUGGAAGUGACAAUGGAGCUGACUAUUGGGCUCCUGCUUUUGGUGGGGGAUUUCGGUAGAUUGCUCAACUUACUAUAUAUUAAUGGGUUAUCAUGCAUAUGCAGCAUAUAUACAGCAGAGAGGAAAAUAUAAUAUUCAUGGAGAUUGUAUAACAUCAUUAGCAGUCAAUCUGCUGCAAAACCUAAUUAAGGCUGAUUGCUCAUGAUGCUAUACAGCAUUCCUGAAUAAAAUGUAUGCUGCCAGUCAAGUAGUAUAUAUUUUGCAAGCCCUUGUGAAGACUCCUUAAUUCACGGAAAUCAGGCUCUAUUUAUUUUCACUAGCUUAAUUAAUUAAGAGGUCGAUCGAUCGAACAAUGCUAGAUUAAUUAAUGUAUGUAUAUAUAUGCAAUAAUUGUAUGAUUAUUUUCAUUGCUACUUCUUUAGCAGUAACUAAACAGGAGAUCAUAAAAGCUAUUACUAAUGCAUAA